UAUUAUUUGAAAUAAUCAUAAUAUCUUUACUACUUAAUACAGAGAAUUUGCAUUUUAGCAUAAGGGAAUAAACGAAUUUAAAGUAAUUAUUGUAGACAGAAAAACUUUGGAAAUGAAUGAAUUAUCUCAUCCAAUGUUCAUUCUACUUAUAUAUGGAGUUAAUUGUUAUAGGUUGAAACUGCAUUUUAGAGUGUAUUGUGGAGUUUAAUUGAGAAUAGUGUAAUUUGAUUAAUUUUUAUAAGAAAAAUGUCAGAUGACGAACAUUUGUCUCUCCAUUCUUAUGAUCCAUAAAGGGAUGAGAAUAAUAAUGAUGACAUUGAUGAAUUUUAUAAGGAAUUAAGUUUGUAAUUUUAUGGAGAGAAUAAAAAGAAGAAAGUUUCUCUGCUAAUGUCAGGUUCUACUCAAGUAACAAUCUCAAUUAGAUUAUUUAGGAGACUUAAAAGCCUAGCCGAGAGACACUUCCAGAUUUUAAGAAGGGUUUCACAUUCGUGAAGGCAUCUUCAAGUCGGCCAGGUAGUCCAAAAUGUGGACGUACUUAGGUGCAAAGGAAAUCACCAAAUUAAAAGCAAUAGAGUAGUCCCAUAACUGUUAAAAUGAUUCAAACUAAGAAACUUAUUCAAUUGCUUCAGUCACCUUACAAUGUGAAGAACAAGCAAAAACAGACUUUUUUAAAGAAAUAGAUAGACAUGACUAAAAAGAUUCAGGUAUAAGAAUUAAAGGAACAUUAUUAUAAAUGAGG